UCUAGAAUAUGUGUUCUUCUUCCUGCAAGCGCCAUGUCCGCCGACUUCGCCAUUCAAUAUGGCAAGUUGAUUGAAUGGCUCCUAGCUCGAAGGGUCAUCCCUGAGGACUACACCAAGCUUCUCUCUGCUGUUCAGGCCCGAAUCAGCGAGGCCCAGAAGGAACAGUUCACUGAUGAGGUUGCCCGUGCAGUGAUUUCGGAACAUGGUGACAACGUGCACUACCUUGCUGCCAAAAGGAUCUAUGAGGCCAUUCUCAAUUCUCCAGAGGGGCAAAGUAAAACCCUAUUGGGUGGACAUACACAUGCAGGGGCCGCAAAAUGGAAAGCUGUCUUGGAUGCGUACCGACGGCGGCACCUUGGAUGGGCCAGCGCGGCCCGCUUUUUGAUUCAAAAUGUGAGCUACGAAAUGGCAGCUCUGACCAAGCAUGCGGCUUUUUGCGAACGCCAGGUCCAAGAUUGCACAACCAGGCAAGCAGACUUGGACCGACAAGAGGCCAAUGCCACAGCCAGGUACUGUGAACUGUUGAACGACUUGGGUAUCGAGGGCUUCAAUUUCCGCAAAGAGCUACGGCAACGUUCUGGGCAGGAUUUGCGUGCGCUUUCACGCGAAGCACUGGAUCUCUUACGGCAGGUGGGCCAGGAGACUGUGACCUGCUAUCAAAUCUUUGCUGAAUACGCAGCCGGCAGGCCACUGGACGGCGAGGUUCUUCCGUUCAUCCGGGCGUUGCUGGGUGAGGAGUUACCAUCAAUGGAGGCAUUGGAGCAUCAGGUUCCUGACUUUCGCAGCCUACGGGCGGAACGAGGAAAGAACACCUCCUUAGAGUCGCAAGAGGCCGAAAUGGACCACAGCGGGCUCCCAAAGACGGAUGGUGCCAUCAAAGAGCUUGAUGGGAUUGAUUGGGGAAUUACUUGCACGGAUGACGGCAGUGGCAUCAACUGGAAUUUUGAGGAGGAGAAGGAGGUGUCUGCAGAGGCUGAAGCAGGUGUGUCGAGUGGAAUCGACUGGAGUGCGGUAUCCUUUGAGGGUGUUGAGAUAGCGGUGGAGGGAACAGUCGAUGAAGUCGAUGGAGAGAGUCCAUUCCUGGCAGAUGCCGCAGCAAGAGAGCUGUUGGCCCGGGAAGUGGCAGAGGCUGUUGCCUUCCUCUCUGAACGUUCUGCCGACUUGGCGCAGGGCGGCGCGGCCAGCGAGGAAUAUGGCCCGAAAAUCGAACAGUCAUUGGCCGAGGGUGGUGCCUUUCUCUCUGAACGUUCUGCCGACUUGGCGCAGGGCGGCGCGGCCAGCGAGGAAUAUGGCCCGAAAAUUGAACAGUCAUUGGCCGAGGUUGAGACUCUCUGGAAGACCAUGGUGAAGUUGGAGAACCUCCUCUCCUCUCGUUCAACACAGAGAUUGGUCUUAUUGGCUUCUUCCAAGCGGUACUUGGAUAGAACGGCCAAGCGUGUGGAGAUGGCCCAGUCACAGUGUGGCAAGUCUGCGUCGCGAAAAGCCGAAUUGGAGAAGGUGAAGGCGGAGCAACUUUUGGAGGUCAAGCGAAGUCGAGCUGAAACGAAACAGCUCCAGUCUGUGAUCAGGGAGGUGAAGGAGGAUCUGGAGGCUGAGUUGACGGCACACUUCAAGUCAAACGUGCGGAUUCUCAACACAGCCUGAAAAAGGCGUGCGUGCUGCGCUGGCUGGAUUUUCAGACCAAGCAUCUCCACCAAGUUUGGAUAAUUCUGCUGCCCUUCAUGUCAAAGGCACUUGCUGCUUCCUGGUUCAAAGACAUGCUGCCCGCUUCGUUCUAGCCGGACCAAAAAACACCGAAGUAAGUAUCAAGAUGC